AUGGCUAACGCUGAUGUUGUUGCAUACAACAUUGCAGUGUUCAUUGCUACACUUUUCCUCCUAGAAUUUGGUGCAGAUAAAUUUAUUGAUCAUACCGCCGUCGUCGCUCGCCGCACCCGAAUAUCGGAGACGAUCAUCGGGCUUCUUACUGCUGGAGGAGAAUGGGAAGAGCUCGCUGUUGUCAUUGCAUCCCUCGCGCACAAUCGUGCCUCUUUGGCUAUCGGUAACAUUGUUGGUUCUGCAAUUUCGAAUAUCUUAGGAGCCUUCUCCCUGGGUCUCUUAUUUCACGACAAGAAGGAUCCGAUUGUGUUCGACCGAAGCUCACGCCUAUACUCACUCGUCCUACUCGUCCUGACGACCUUUGUGACACCGAUUACAUAUUUUUCAAGAAAGAUAAUAUGGUUGGUUUGCGGCUCUAUCUUAAUCGUAUUCUUCGCCAUCUAUAUUGGGUCUGUGGGGUGGGCAAUCAGUAAAGGAACUCUCACUUCUCCAGAGGACUCCGACGAUAGCAGCGAUGAUGAGAGCAGCGACGGAGAAAGCGCAGUUGAUGUUUCAUCAGGACCAAGCCACCGAAAGGACCGAACUCUACGUUAUCACCUAUUUUAUCUCUUGCUUGGUUUCCUAGCCAUUUGCCUCGCAGGUUACGUACUUUCUCACGCUGCCACCGCCAUUACCGAUGAAUUCGGCAUGUCAGAUGUGCUUUUUGGUGUUGUGGUUCUCGCAAUAGCUACAACACUACCCGAAAAGUUCGUCGCUGUGAUGAGCGGGCAUCGAGGUCAUGUUGGCAUUCUCGUCGCGAAUACAGCUGGCAGUAAUAUAUUCCUGCUUGCAUUGUGCUCUGGAAUCAUUAUGAUCGAUACUUCGGGGAAGCUUGAACACGGCAACGUGAGCAUUCCUGAAUUAGGGGUGUUGUGGGGCUCAACACUUGCAUUUACUCUGACGGUCUGGUUUGGCGGAAAAUUUUGUCAGUGGAUUGGAUUUGGAAUGCUGAUCGCCUAUGUUGCCUUUAUAGUGUUGGAGUUUACAGUGAUUCAUGGUGUAGCUAAUGGCGACUAG